AUGGCCCGACGGAGCCCGCCGCGCAACGGUGUCGGCGGUCACGACUUCGACGCUAAGAAGAAAAGGAAAGUGGCGGAGAUCUACCAGGCUCUGAACAGUGACCCCAUCAACGUGGCGGCGCUGCGGCGCAUGGCCAUCAGCGAGGGCGGGCUGCUGACCGACGAGAUCCGCUGCAAGGUGUGGCCAAAGCUGCUCAGCGUCAACACCGACGACCUGCCCCCGCUCCCAGGGAAGGAGCUGCGGGAGGACAACAAGGACUACCAGCAGGUGCUGCUGGACGUGCGGCGAUCCCUGCGCCGCUUCCCACCAGGUAUGCCAGAUGACCAGAGGGAAGGUCUGCAGGAGGAGCUCAUCGAUAUCAUCCUCCACGUCCUGAAGCGCAACCCCCAGCUGCACUACUACCAGGGCUACCAUGACAUCGUGGUCACCUUCCUGCUGGUGGUGGGGGACAGGCUAGCCACUGCUCUAGUGGAAAAGCUCUCCACACAUCAUCUCAGGGAUUUUAUGGACCCAACGAUGGAUAACACCAAGCACAUCUUAAAUUACCUGAUGCCCAUCAUAGACCAGGUGAACCCUGAGGUGCACGACUUCAUGCAGAGCGCGGAGGUGGGCACCAUCUUUGCCCUCAGCUGGCUCAUCACCUGGUUUGGGCACGUCCUGUCCGACUUCAGGCACGUGGUGCGAUUGUACGACUUCUUCCUGGCCUGCCACCCGCUGAUGCCCAUCUACUUUGCUGCUGUGAUUGUGCUGUAUCGGAAGCAGGAAGUCCUGGACUGUGAAUGUGACAUGGCCUCUGUCCACCACCUCCUGUCCCAGAUCCCACAGGACCUUCCUUAUGAGACUCUGAUCAGCAGAGCGGGGGACCUUUUUGUCCAGUUCCCACCAUCUGAACUGGCCAGGGAGGCAGCUCAGCAGCAGGCAGAACGCACCGCAGCUUCCACGUUCAAGGACUUUGAGCUGGCGUCGGUGCAGCAGCGACCGGACACUGUGUUGAGACAGCGCUUCAGGGAGCGGCUCCGGGGGGAGGAGAGGACAAAAUCCUUCCUGACAAAGCCAAGGACCAACCGCUUUGUCAAGCUGGCAGUGAUGGGGCUGACGGUGGCACUGGGGGCAGCUGCCCUGGCCGUGGUGAAGAGCGCCCUGGAGUGGGCACCCAAGUUUGAACUGCAGCUAUUCCCCUGA